AUGUUUCUAAACAUAAAAGAAAAUAAAAUUAUUUCACGUGAUAUAUUUAAGAGAUCACAUAUUGAUACUUUACAUCAUACAAGCAAUAUUGAGAAGAAACAAGCAGGUGUAUCAUUAAAAGAUUCGAUUGAAAGGAAGGGGUGUGUAAAUAAAAUGGAAGAUGAUACGUCUGAAAAUAAAUAUAUAAAUAUAAAAAAUAAUAAUAACAUAAAUCAUUUGUAUAAUAAUUCCUCAAGAGAUAUACAAAACAAUAUGUGUAAUGAUAAUACAUUGAUUGAUUAUAAUAAAAAUAAUUUAUGUCCUUUAAAAUAUAAACAUUUAUUGAAAGCAUUAAAAUAUAUAAAACCAUCAGGAAUGAAAGAAUUAUAUAUAGAUAUACCAAGAACAAAAUUUAAAGAUAUAGGAGGCUAUAAAUUUGUAAAAAGAUGUAUAAAUGAAUGUUUAAUAUAUCCAAAGAAAUAUAAAAAUAUAUAUGAUAAAUAUAAUAUAGAUAGUCCUAAAGGUAUAUUAUUAUAUGGUCCUCCAGGGUGUUCUAAAACUUUAUUUGCAAAAGCUAUAGCAAGUGAAAUACAUAUGAAUUUUAUAAGUGUUAAAGGCCCAGAAAUAUUUUCUAAAUAUGUAGGUGAAUCUGAAAAAAGAAUAAGAAAUAUUUUUAAAAAAGCUAGAGAAAAUCAUCCAUGUGUUAUAUUUUUUGAUGAAAUAGAUUCUAUAGCUGUUAAUAGAAAUAACAAUCAAAAUUUUGUAUCAAAUAGAGUAUUAUGUCAAUUAUUAAAUGAAAUUGAUGGAAUAACAAAUAGAUUAAAUGUUAUAAUACUUGCUGCAACUAAUAGACCAGAUUUAAUUGAUCCAGCAUUAAUGAGACCAGGACGUUUUGAUAGAAUUAUUUAUGUCCCCUUACCAAAUUAUUCUUCCAGAUUUUCUAUAUUAAAAAAAAAUCUCAAAUUUUUUAAAAUUAAUAAUUUAAUUCAAUAUGAUAAGAAAAAAGAUACAAUAAAUCAUCAUAACAAUAAGAGUAUUAAAAGAGAAUGUAUUGUAGAUCAUAUACAACAUAUUGAUGAUACAAAUAAUUCAAAUGAACAAACAAACAACAAUAUUACACCAUCUUCUUAUAAUCAUAUUGAAAAUUAUACAUUUAAUAAAAAUAAUAAUAAAAUAAAAACAAAUAAUAAUUCAACUUUAUAUAAACAUAAAGAUACACCAUUUAUAAAUCUAUGUCACCUCUUAGCAAAAAAAACAAAGAAAUAUAGUGGAGCAGAAAUUGUUAAUAUAUGUAGAGAGGCAUCUAUAUGUGCCUUAAGACAAACAUUAAAAGCAACAAAAAAUAAUAAAAACCAAAUUAUUAAUACCCAAAAUAAUAUUUCUCAUAAUGAAAAUAAAUAUACAUUUCAUAAGGAACACCUUAUUGGAUUAAGUAAGAAACAUUUUCUUCAAGUGUUAAAAAAAAUUAAACCUCAAACAAGUGAAUCGCUAAUAAAUUUUUAUAAAAAUUAUAAGGAGCAAAACAAGGUAUAA